UUACCUCAGUCUCGUGAUGCCCUAAAACCCUUCCCUCGAAAAAUCGAAAACCAGCACAAGCUUUGUUUGCUGUCUCUCUUGUAAAAAAACAAAAAAUCCCCGCUUCUCUUUCAGUAACACACCAGCGGGACGAGAGAGACAGAGAGAGACAGAGAAUGGGCCGUAGAAAGGGCAGCAACAACAAGAACAACGGCUCUAACAAUAGCAGCAGCAGCAGCAGCUUGAAUCUCCAAGUAACGAAGAUGAGCGUCGAAGAAGGCGAAGAGGUCGUGGCCGUCGAGAGCUCCAAUCUCCACGACUCCAUCUGUGAAACCAACGAAGCCAUCGUCGGCAGCGACAAGACUAGUGCUGAUUACUACUUCGAUUCCUACUCCCAUUUCGGUAUUCAUGAAGAAAUGCUAAAAGAUACUGUCAGGACAAAAACAUAUCAAAAUGUGAUCUAUCAGAAUACCUUUCUCUUCAAGAACAAGAUAGUUCUUGAUGUGGGUGCUGGCACUGGAAUAUUGUCCCUUUUUUGUGCGAAGGCAGGGGCAAAGCAUGUUUAUGCGGUCGAAUGCUCCCACAUGGCUGACAUGGCAAAAGAGAUCAUUCAAGCAAACGGAUUUUCUGAUGUCAUAACAGUUUUGAAGGGAAAGGUUGAAGAGAUUGCUCUUCCUGUUGCUCAUGUGGAUAUCAUCAUUUCAGAGUGGAUGGGCUAUUUUCUACUCUUUGAAAAUAUGUUAAACACAGUUCUGUAUGCACGUGAUAAAUGGCUUAUCAGUGAUGGUGGAAUUGUGUUGCCGGACAGAGCGUCUCUAUAUUUAACUGCUAUUGAGGAUGCUGAGUACAAAGAAGAUAAGAUUGACUUCUGGAAUAACGUAUAUGGCUUUGACAUGAGCUGCAUCAAAAAGCAAUCCAUGAUGGAACCCCUCGUCGAUACAGUUGACCAGAACCAAAUUGUCACAAACUGCCAGUUACUCAAGAUGAUGGACAUUUCUAAAAUGGCUCCCGGCGAUGCCUCUUUCACCGCACCGUUUAAGCUCGUGGCAGAGCGCAAUGAUUACAUCCAUGCGCUUGUUGCAUACUUCGAUGUCUCAUUUACAAAGUGUCACAAGUUGAUGGGCUUCUCUACAGGGCCGAAAUCACGGGCUACUCAUUGGAAGCAAACUGUUCUUUACCUUGAAGACGUGCUAACGGUAUGCGAGGGGGAGGCAGUGGUUGGAAGCAUGACUGUUGCGCCCAACAAGAAGAACCCCCGUGAUGUAGAUAUAACACUUAAGUAUUCAUUGAAUGGUAAGCGUUGCCAGGCCUCUAGAACCCAACAUUAUAAGAUGCGUUGAUGAUCUAAUCAUCACGAAAAUACUCAGAUCCUCACCGUUUUUGGUAUGCAGUGAUAUUUAAAGUUACUCUCUUGAAAGCAUGUGUUUUUAAAGGAAUUAAAAAAAAAAAAAAAAAUCCCAUCUAAGGGUGCUGCUAACAUGUAAUAUUGUAACUUAGAUUUCUUCUUGGGUUGAUUGAUCUAAGUUUUUUUUUCUACUGUCACUUGAAUCUCUGCAAGUACAGAAGCCGUGGAUCCAUUUGGUACCAGUUUCUGGCA